AUGACAGUGGCUGGCAUCCAGCAUCAGGCAGCCUACGACGCGGCCCGGGAGCCCUUGCUCUUGAUGGGGGUUUACUUCCAGGCACAGGAUGACUAUUUGGAUGCCUUCGCUCCUCCGGAAACUCUUGGAAAGAUUGGCACCGAUAUCCAGGACAAGAAAUGUGGGUGGCUCUUUGUUCAGGCCUAUCAUGACCUGUGCUCUAAAGAGCAGAAAGCAUACCUGGACGAGCACUACGGAAAGUGCAAGGUGCAAACGGAGGAAGAGAAUAAGAUUAAGGACAUCUACCGGGAAAUUGGUCUGGAAGAGAAGUACAAGGCCUACGAGGCCAAGUCCUUCAAAGACAUCAUGGCCUACCAGAGCCAGGUUGAAGAAGUUGGCCUUCCCUGGGAGAUCAUCGAGAUCUUCUUGAAGAAAGUCUACAAACGAACAAAGUGA